CCCAUUUCCCAACCUCAUCCUCUCCUCUUUCUUCUCCAGGAUAGUUUCACACGGCAGAAUGGAGGAGAGGAGCGAGGAGUGUUUCUCUGUCCGAGUUUUCACUCUGCAGGAGGAGCUGCUGGCGGAGGACGAGAACAUGGACACACAUGACCGGCAGGUCAGUGUGUGGAGACCGCGGGCCGAGCAGGAGCUCCGUGUGAUCCUCAGCACAUGGCCAGAUGCUCAGCAGCUCACUGUGCACGACGCCAACAGAACACUCUUCCAGUUCAGCGUUUCCAAGGAGACGGACUUCUGCCAGGUCGGAGGACAGUCCUUUCUGUUCACCGUCGGCAAGCUGAGUAUCCUCCUGCGGUUCAAAACUCCAACUGAUAUGAAGAACUUCCAGCAGUUACUGAAGAGAGGGGAUGAUGAAGGGGCCAGGGAAGGUUACACCGAAGGAGAUGAGAGAGGAAAGCAAACACCCUCUAGGAGACAUCCCACUGGGGUUGAAUCAAAAGCUGAAAACGUCCCCACACAGAUCUCCGAGUUCCACAGCUGUUUGUCGCAGCAGCAGAGCCUGCUUCAGGACUACCUAAGGAUCGCCACCUACCACCGAGCCAUUUUGGUCAAUGAGAGAGACUUCAGAGACAAGGUGGUUCUGGACGUGUGUUGUGGUUCUGGUGUUCUGUCUUUCUUUGCAGUCCAGGCAGGAGCCAGCAGAGUGUAUUUGGUUGAGUCCAGCCCUAUGGCCAAGUUUACACAGAUCCUGGUCCACAGUAACCGUCUAUCGGAGCGGAUCAGUGUCCUGGAAGGGGAAGUGGACGAGAUCAGCUGUCCCGACAUGGUGGACGUCAUUGUCUCUGAACCAAUGGGAUACAUGCUGCUCAAUCAGAGACUCAUGGAGAGCUUCUUGCGAUCCAGAAAAUGGCUCAAACCCAACGGUCUGAUGUUUCCCUCGUUUGGAGAUCUUCAUCUGGCUCCCUUCAACGACGAGCAGCUCUACCUCGAACACUACGCACGGGCUAGCUUCUGGCAGCAGAGAAACCUCUACGGAGUGAACCUGAGUGCUCUUCACAGCGCUGCAGUGGACGAGUUCUUUAGGCAACCCAUAGUGGACACAUUUGAUGUGCAGAUCCUGAUGGCCAGGUCUGUGAAGCACUGCAUCAACUUCAUGGAGGCUAAAGAAGAAGAUUUACAGCGAAUAGAGAUCCCCUUUGUGUUUUCCCUGCUGCAGCCCGGUCUGGUCCAUGGACUUGCCUUCUGGUUCGACGUGGCCUAUUUGGGAUCCAAGUCGACAGUGUGGCUGUCCACGGCGCCCACGGAGCCUCUGACCCGCUGGUACCAGGUCAGAUGUUUGCUGCAGACACCGCUUUUUGCCAAACUGGGACAAACUCUGUCUGGGACUGUCCUGAUGGACGCCAACAGCAGCCAGAGCUAUGACAUUCACAUCACCGCCACAGUCGACCAAUCAGGCUUCAGAUCUGGAAACGUCCUAGACCUCAAGAACCCUUUCUUCAGGAUUUCGUCUUGGUAAAGACCCGCGGACUAUCGGAGACCAGGACGUCUUCUCUCCAGGAUGAAGAGCGAGGAUAACAGAGGAGCCUCAUCAGGAAUCAUCAGAAGUUUUCACACAACACAAUUCAAAUGUAACGCUCUGUUACCAUAACUCAUCUUCAGAGGUGUCAAAGUCAGAAAAACGUUUGUUUUUACUCUCAUCAACCUGUAAAAAGUUCACUUCAGCACAUUCAAAACACUUUGUUUUUUGCCGUUUUUUCUGUUAUUUUCACACUUUGCAAUAUUUUUGUGCAAUGCUUUUUCCAAGGUUUUUCAACGUUUUUAUUCCAUUUUUUCCAUGUUUUUGACUUUGCGUGUUGAGUCGCUUUUUUAUUUUUUUAACGUUUUUCAAUGUUUUGUUUUUUCGUUGUAUGCACCACAUUGACGGCCGAUGUAUUAGAACGCGGCUGUUCGCAAACUAUCUUUUACCUAAUCUUAACUAGGUGUUUUGGUGCCUAAUCUUAACUUUCGUUGCGGCAAAAUGCUCAUAUUUUGUGGACAAAAUGUGACCGUAAUCUCCGCCAAAAACAAACGGCAGCUCUGUACCCAGCUCAAAGUCACCUAUUUUUGGCUAAACACAUCUACUAAUUGCCGCUAAUACCACCACGCUGUCUCUUAGGUCAGUAGCCUGCUUAAAGUCUCCCAUUUUCUGCUAAAAACAUGUAACUGCCCCUGAAAUGACCGAGCUCUGACGGAGGUCCGUAGCCUGUAUCGCUAAGCUAUGUUGCGGCUAAAACAACUGUCCUGGAGCUUGUGGCCACCCAACGUCACAGGUUCAGCCUGUAGUGUCCGAGGCUAUCAUAUGUUGUGGUGUGCAUACAUCAUAGGGAACCGUUCAUGCGUUGCGUUUUGCAUGGCUUUUUUCAACCUUUGGUAGUUUUUUUGGUGCUGAAUGUAAAGCCAAUAUUGUGUUUUUACCCUAACUCAUCUUUAGAAGUGUGAACGUCAGAUAUAACAACAUGUAAAAAGUUGCAUCACACAUUCAAACAUGAACACAGAAACUGGAAACUAUCUUUUCUGUAGUCACAAUUUUGUCUGUGCACGUGUUUAAUGUGCCUUAAUAAAACGUA